GGAGCCGGCCUGUCUCAUCCUCCCCUCGCCCCCUCCCUGCUCCGCACGACGCGAAGCCGAUCGGGGCCGUACUGCUCGCCUGCCCACCUCCGCCGGAGAGGAGCAGGAAGAGGAGCAAUCGCCCGUACCGGGCCUGCACGCCAUGGCGCGCAGCGGAGGGGGCUGCUGCCCCUCCAUGGAUCUGAUGCGGUCGGAGGCGAUGCAGCUCCUGCAGGUCAUCAUCCCCACCGAGUCCGCGCACCUCGCCGUCUCCCACCUCGGCGAUCUGGGCCUCAUCCAGUUCAAAGACCUCAACGCAGACAAGAGCCCGUUUCAACGCACCUAUGCUGCCCAGAUCAAAAGGUGUGCUGAAAUGGCCCGCAAGCUGCGAUUUUUUAAGGAACAAAUGUCGAAAGCUGGAAUACUAGUUUCUCCUAUGCAAUCAACCGAAACUCCUCUGGAUUUUGAUGACAUGGAGGUAAAGCUUGGAGAACUGGAAGCUGAACUUACUGAAGUAAAUGCAAACGAUGAAAAAUUACAACGGGCCCACAAUGAGCUGCUGGAGUACAGUACUGUUCUUCAAAAGGCUGGUGAGUUUUUCUAUUCAGCUCAAAGAAGCGCUGCAGCACAACACAGGCAAAUGGAAGCAAAUCAGUCUGGUGAGACUUCCCUGGAGAGUCCUCUGCUGGAACAGGAUAUGUUAACAGAUGCAUCGAAACAAGUGAAACUUGGCUCUUUGAGUGGUCUUGUGCCAAAGGAAAAGGCCAUGGCUUUUGAACGUAUCUUAUUCCGUGCCACGAGGGGCAACAUUUUGCUCAGACAAGAGUCUGUUGAUGAACCUGUCACUGAUCCGCAAUCCGGAGAAAAGGUGUACAAAAAUACAUUUGUCGUAUUCUACUCUGGGGAGAGGGCAAAGGCCAAAAUUCUAAAGAUAUGUGAUGCUUUUCGCGCAAACCGUUACCCUUUUCCUGAAGACCUUGCUAAACAAACGCAUACUGUUCAGGAGGUAUCUGGAAAGAUAUCAGAGUUAAAGGCAACAAUUGACAUGGGAUUAGCUCAUCGUGACAGUAUACUCAAAACUAUUGCAUCAGAGUUUGAGCAUUGGAACCAUCUGGCAAAAAAGGAAAAAUCAAUUUACCACACUCUAAACAUGUUGAGCGUUGAUGUGACGAAGAAAUGCUUAGUUGGUGAGGGCUGGAGUCCAGUUUUCGCAACUAAUCAGAUUCAGGAUGCACUUCAGCGUGCUACUCUUGAGAGCAAAUCCCAAGUUGGCUCGAUUUUUCAGGUUCUUAACACAAAAGAGUCUCCUCCAACAUAUUUCCAGACAAACAAAUUUACCUCAGCCUUCCAGGAAAUUGUUGACGCAUAUGGGGUAGCUAAGUAUCAAGAAGCAAAUCCUGGUGUAUACACUAUUAUCACUUUUCCUUUCUUAUUUGCUGUCAUGUUUGGAGAUUGGGGUCAUGGAAUUUGCAUAUUACUUGCAACACUCUAUCUGAUUAUCCGAGAGAAGAAAUUCGCUUCACAGAAACUUGGAGACAUAAUGGAGAUGAUGUUUGGAGGCCGCUACAUAAUUAUGAUGAUGUCAAUUUUCUCAAUCUACACAGGAUUAAUAUACAAUGAGUUUUUCUCCAUUCCAUUUGAACUUUUUGCUAAAUCAGCCUAUGCAUGCCGCGAUUCUUCUUGUAGUGAUUCUACUACUGAAGGGUUAAUCAAGGUAAGGGAUACUUACCCGUUCGGCGUGGACCCUGUGUGGCAUGGUAGUCGAAGUGAGCUGCCAUUUCUCAACUCACUGAAGAUGAAAAUGUCAAUUCUUCUUGGAGUGUCACAAAUGAACCUUGGAAUUUUUAUGAGUUACUUCAAUGCGAAAUUCUUCAGGAACAGUGUUAAUGUCUGGUACCAGUUUUGUAACAGGUACCAGUUUGUUCCCCAGCUGAUCUUCUUGAACAGCUUGUUUGGCUACCUAUCCAUGCUUAUCAUCAUUAAGUGGUGCACAGGGUCAAAAGCAGAUCUGUACCAUGUUAUGAUAUAUAUGUUCCUUAGCCCCACAGAUGACAUGGGAGAGAACCAGUUAUUUCCUGGCCAGAAAACUUUACAGCAAGUUUUGCUUCUGCUUGCUCUGGUAUCUGUUCCCUGGAUGCUGAUUCCAAAGCCAUUUUUCUUGAAAUGGGAACAUGAGCGAAGGCAUCAAGGACAUCAGUACGCCAUGCUUGAGGGUGCAGAUGAAUCAGUUGUAGCAGAGUUGGGGGAGCAUAAUGAAGAAUCAAACCACCAUGAGGAGUUCGAGUUCAGUGAAAUAUUUGUUCACCAGCUGAUCCAUACAAUUGAGUUUGUUCUUGGUGCAGUCUCAAAUACCGCUUCAUAUCUUCGUCUCUGGGCUCUCAGUCUUGCACACUCGGAGUUGUCCACUGUGUUCUAUGAUAAAGUUCUCCUUCUGACGCUGGGGUACAACAAUAUUUUUAUCCUCGCUAUUGGUGUCGUUGUCUUCAUCUGCGCCACUGUCGGUGUGUUGCUUGUUAUGGAGACCCUAAGUGCAUUCCUUCACGCCUUGAGGCUCCAUUGGGUGGAGUUCCAGAACAAGUUCUAUGAGGGUGAUGGUUACAAGUUCGCACCAUUCUCGUUUGCUCUAAUCAGUGAGGACGAAGAGUGAGCUCGUCCAAAUUCUUGUAUCUAUUGUAGUCUCUGUAAUGUCUUGCGGGUGGCCUUGUUGCCAGAACAAUCAUUGUUUGUCACGGAUCAAUCAUAAAACCCCAGCCCCUUGUUCGAGCAAGGGAGGUGCAGCAUCAUUUUUCUUUAGAUGUGUAUUACACGAAGGGUAGGAAUUUUUUUGUGGACGUUUGGCAGCAAAACUCUAGUGGCAUCACCCUUAUUUCGGUGUGAUGCUAAUAACGAGUUGUGCACUCGUGGUUGCCGUUUGGGUGAUGUGCAUUCUGGACAUAAAUAAGCAUGUAAUAAAAGGUUAUUUCCAUUGUGGUUA